AUGAUGUUCGCUGUAGCACUGAGGACGCUCCCGUGGAGUGUUCCCCGCUCUUUCCGUUUCAUAUCUUCCACUGUUCCUCGUUGUGCGUCGGUCCCUCCAGGCGUCGACCAUAAUACACUCGUUGCUUUCAAAGCCUCCCCCACUUUCCAGAAGCUCCAAAGCAGCCCAGGUGCUCUGGAAGCCCUUAUGAACAUGGCUGAGGUCCUGAAGAAGAAUGACAUCGAUGCGUCGAAAGGAUUUUCUCCGUCGCUUAUGUGGAAGGUGGCGGGUAACAAAGAAAUCCGUGAAGCUACGACGAAGCUACUGGAGGAAUUCAAAAAGGCGGGCGUGGAUUUGUCGUCAAAGGAUGUCAUGCAAGAGCUGACCGCAUUGAGCCAAAAGCUGCCAAAGAGCGACGACUCGAAGAGCUGA